AUGUGCAUAGCUCAUUUUUACCCACUGAAAGCCCCACAUAGUGAAAUUAACGACUCACCAGUGAAUACAAUCAACAAAAUCUUUAGCAGGAUGAUUGGCCGGGUAGCUAUUGUAACUGGUGCCAAUUGUGGCCUGGGGUUUGAGGUCUCCAAACGUUUAUGUGCACAGGGUCAUGAUGUCAUUCUGGCUUGCAGAAAUGAGGAGAGAGGAAUGGCUGCUGUUGAAAAAAUUUGUUCAGAGCAAGGAAAUGCUCUGGCAUCAUAUAUGCAUCUUGACUUGGCAGAUAUGUCUUCAGUACAUAAGUUUGUGACUAACUUUCAUGAGAUGGGAAAACCUCUAGAUCUGCUUGUGAACAAUGCUGGAGUAUUUCAUGCCACAUCAGGUGCAAGGAGACUGACUAAAGAUAAUUUUGAAGCCACAAUGGGAAUAAACCAUUUGGGCCAUUUUUUACUAACCCACCUUCUAUUAGAGGAUUUAAUAUCUUCUGCAAAAGAAAAUGGGGAAUCCAGAAUUGUGAAUGUAGGAUCUUCUCUACAUGACCCAGCUCUCAAAGUUGGACGGCAUGUUCUUGAAAAUUCUUUUCUUUACUCCUCAAUUUUCUCUUUCUUUCUUUCUUUACUCCUCAAUUUUCUCUUUCUUUCUUUCUUUACUCCUCAAUUUUCUCUUUCUUUCUUUCUUUACUCCUCAAUUUUCUCUUUCUUUCUUUCUUUACUCCUCAAUUUUCUCUUUCUUUCUUUCUUUACUCCUCAAUUUUCUCUUUCUUUCUUUCUUUCUUUACUCCUCAAUUUUCUCUUUCUUUCUUUCUUUCUUUACUCCUCAAUUUUCUUUCUUUACUCCUCAAUUUUCUUUCUUUCUUUCUUUCCUUCUCAAUUUUCUUUCUUUCUUUCUUUCCUUCUCAAUUUUCACUUUCUUUCUUUCCUUCUCAAUUUUCACUUUCUUUCUUUCCUUCUCAAUUUUCACUUUCUUUCUUUCCUUCUCAAUUUUCACUUUCUUUCUUUCCUUCUCAAUUUUCACUUUCUUUCUUUCCUUCUCAAUUUUCACUUUCUUUCUUUCCUUCUCAAUUUUCACUUUCUUUCUUUCCUUCUCAAUUUUCACUUUCUUUCUUUCUUCCCCUUUAUUUCUUCUCUUCAACUAUUGCUGUCAACAAUGCUUAGGUCUGAAAGUCAACCAAUUGACUUGGACAACUUUUUCCUUGAAAAACCUGGAACAUACAAUGGAUAUCAAGCUUACAAAAACUCUAAACUUGCAAAUGUAUUAUUCACAUAUGAACUGGCAGAGAGAUUAAGAAAGACAGGUGUUACUGUUAAUUGUGUUUGUCCAGGAUUUGUGCCUGAAACCUCCUUGGGUCGAGAUGCUGGAGCAGUCAGCAGAUUCUUUUUAAAUUAUGUUCUCUACUAUUUCCUCCGUUACAAGAAUAUUGCCAAGACAGUUGGUGAAGGAGCAGAUGCCAUUAUGGACUGUGCCACCAGCGCAGAAAAUAAAGGGGUGACUGGAAAAUUUUUUAAAGACCGCAAAGAAGCUAAAUCCUCCACAGAAUCAAUGGAUGAAACUCUGAGACAAAAAGUCUGGGACAUGAGCGUUCUCUACUGCCACCUACAGGACAAGAUCUUACCGCCUCCUGCAUUGGCUAUUCCCAAGAAAACACGGGUCAGGAUCUCUGUAACUCCAUCACCUGAAGAUGAAGAGACUGAAGUUGACCAACCAAAGUUAUAUAAUCCGGGAAAGUUGAAAGCUUGA